CGGAAACAGUGUCCGCGCCUGCGCUCUCGGUUUUCGUACCGGAGCGUGGGGGCCUGAGAGCGGCGAGCGUUCUAGUCCCGCUGGGGCCGAGUCUCUGGGGUGAGGCGUUCCUGAGCCGAGGACCAUGAACCGUAGCCGCCAAGUGACGUGCGUGGCCUGGGUCCGCUGCGGCGUGGCCAAAGAGACGCCGGACAAGGUAGAGCUUAGUAAAGAAGAGGUGAAACGUCUCAUUGCUGAAGCAAAGGAGAAAUUACAAGAAGAAGGUGGCAGUGAGGAGGAGGAGACGGGGGACCCUUCAGAGGAUGGCAUGCAGAGUGCGCGUACCCAGGCACGACCAAGGGAGGCCUUGGAGGACGGCGACCGAGAGGGUGACAGGACGCUGGAUGAGGACGAGCUGGCCGAGUACGAGCUGGACAGAUACGAUGAGGAAGGCGGCCCAGAUACUGAAACACUUGGUGAAUCUCUCCUGGGUCUUACAGUCUAUGGGAGUAAUGAGCAAGACCCUUACGUGACCCUGAAAGAUACGGAGCAGUAUGAGCGUGAGGAUUUCUUGAUUAAACCCAGUGACAACCUCAUAGUCUGUGGUAGAGCUGAACAGGACCAGUGCAACUUAGAAGUGCAUGUUUAUAAUCAAGAAGAAGAUUCCUUUUACGUACACCAUGACAUACUGCUGUCCGCGUACCCUCUUAGUGUGGAGUGGCUGAAUUUUGACCCUAGCCCAGACGAUUCUACUGGAAAUUACAUUGCUGUGGGCAACAUGACCCCCGUUAUUGAAGUGUGGGACCUUGAUAUAGUGGACUCUUUAGAGCCAGUCUUCACGCUUGGAAGUAAGCUAUCCAAAAAGAAGAAAAAGAAGGGAAAAAAGAGUUCUUCAGCAGAAGGGCAUACCGACGCUGUCCUGGACCUUUCUUGGAAUAGGCUGAUCAGAAAUGUGCUGGCAAGUGCAUCAGCUGACAACACUGUGAUUCUGUGGGACAUGUCCUUGGGGAAGCCGGCAGCCAGCCUCGCUGUGCACACAGACAAGGUCCAGACACUUCAGUUUCAUCCAUUUGAAGCACAGACUCUGAUUUCUGGCUCAUAUGAUAAGUCAGUGGCUUUGUACGAUUGCCGGAGUCCAGAUGACAGCCAUCGCAUGUGGCGGUUCAGUGGGCAGAUUGAGAGACUGACCUGGAACCACUUUUCACCUUGCCAUUUCUUGGCCAGUACAGAUGAUGGCUUUGUAUAUAAUUUGGAUGCACGUUCAGAUAAGCCAAUUUUUACACUUAAUGCACACAAUGACGAAAUCUCCGGUCUUGACCUCAGCAGUCAGAUCAAGGGCUGUCUUGUGACUGCGUCGGCAGACAAGUAUGUGAAGAUCUGGGACAUACUGGGAGACAGGCCAAGUCUGGUUCACUCCAGGGACAUGAAAAUGGGAGUUCUCUUCUGUUCUGCCUGCUGUCCUGAUUUCCCAUUUAUUUAUGCCUUCGGAGGCCAAAGAGAAGGGCUUCGGGUCUGGGAUAUAAGCACAGUCUCUUCAGUAAAUGAAGCGUUUGGAAGACGAGAGAGGCUUGUUCUUGGUAACACAAGAAAUUCGUCUAUUAGUGGCCCUUUUGGGAGCAGGCACUCGGAGACACCCAUGGAGUCUUAAUGAAGGUCGUACAGUCUCCUGUGUCGUUCACCUUACCUCUACGUUUUAAAAAGCUGGCCCAGAAGUGUCCGGUGUAUUAGAGACAGAAACAGAGUUCACUUCCUCCCCCAGCGCCCCUCUCUGCAUCCGCGGUGGCAGGGAAGCAGGGCCCCUCUCCGUGUUCGUGUCCGUGUCCGUGUUCGAGUGUGCCGUGUGUCGGGUUCCUGUUGCAGGUCUCCUGGGAGGGGGUAUUAAAAAAGAAUCCUUAACUUUCGCAUCUGUCACAGGCCAUCUGAAUUUGUAAAAUACCCAGUAAUUUGUAGAAUUUUUAAAAGGAGGAAAAUCCUGUAAUCAUAACAGACGGGUGAACCCAGGGGAGGAAGGACUGCGGCUUGGCCAAGACCGCACGGCAGGCCACGCACAGAGGCGGGGCCCCAGAGGGUGCGCGUUCCAAACGGACCGCUGCAGCUAGUACUCCUGACUCAGACGUGCUCUCGGUGCUGCUGUUUGGUAACUGAAUU